GUACAUCGCCCCAUUUGCCUUAUUAUUGAACAAUUCCAAUAAAUAAGCAAUGAAAAGUUAAUUAAGGGCACGUCGGUUGUAAAACAACGCACUAAAUGCCCACCGAGCAGUUGAAAUACCCUCGAAGUGCAAUCAUCGUUUGUCAGCUUUAAGGCGUGUCUGUUUUGUGCGUAAUUUAAUGCUAAAAAUACUUCUACAUGAAAUUCCUAAUGGAUUUCAUCAUGCCACCCUUAAAAAUAAGCAAGUGCAUGUCAGACGUGGCCCAAGGCAGAAUUGACAACUUGUUUUUAUCGAAAUUGUCAAACGAAUGCACUAGUCAAAACACCCAGCACACCUGUCGCAGCUACGUCUCUAAGGUUCUCAACAAUUUGAACGAACUUCGAAGACACAACAGGUUUUGCGAUGUUGAAAUUAUUGCAGAAGACAAAAUAUUCCAGGCUCAUAGGGCUGUGCUUGCCGCCAGUAGCCCCUAUUUUCAAGCCAUGUUUACAGGGGGCUUGUGUGAGAAAGAUCAGCAAUCAGUCGAACUGCAUGAUGUCUCUUCCUACAUUUUUGAAAUCCUGUUAAAUUUCAUUUAUUCAGGGGAGGUGAAUAUUACACAGAAUAAUGUCCAGGAGUUGAUGGUGGCAGCGGAUAUGGUGGGGCUGAGCGAAAUUGUCUUGGGGUGCACUGAGUUUUUAAUUAAGGAACUGCAUCCCCUCAAUGCUAUUGGAAUUUACAGGUUCGCCGACGACCACAAUUGGACGGAGUUGAUAACCGCCGCCGUCCAAUACAUAGAAAACAAUUUCCCUAAAGUAUGCAAAGAGGACGAAGUGUACGACUUACACAAAGACACCAUAAUCAAAUUUUUGUCAUCUGAAAACCUAAAAAUCGAUUCGGAGUUUCAAGUGUUCCAAGCAGCGUUGCGAUGGAUCAACCACGAUAUCUUAGGUCGACGUCAGUACGUUUUCGACAUUUUGAAAAACGUACGACUUCCUUUACUUCCACUCGGUUUGCUAGAAAGGGCUAUAUCUCAGUGUAACGACAGUAGUUUGAGAGUUGCUCUCAAGUCAAUCCAUGCCGAUUUACUUAACAGAAAAGGUUGUCUCGUUCCGUUAAAUGUAACUCCUAGGAAAUGUGCCAAAAAAGACAUCUAUGUGAUUGGGGGCUCCAAACGCGAAUUACACAGCGUCUGGGAUCGGGGGCUAGAAAUGAAUUAUGUCUCAGUGGAGAAGUUCAAUACGUUUAGUAGGGAGUGGCAUAAAGUGCCGGAUAUGACAGUCAACCGACUUGUCCCAGGAGUCGCUUCUCUCAAUGGCCAUAUUUACGUUGUAGGGGGUGAGGAGGGUUCCUCCAUACUGUCCAGUUGCGAAAGAUUUGAACCUCAGAGUAACCAGUGGACGCAAGUGGCCAGUAUGGUAGUGUCCCGUUGCGAAUUCGGGUUAUGUGCGCUCGAUGGAUACUUAUAUGCAAUGGGUGGAUGGGUCGAUACUGACAUAAGCGGCUCAAUUGAACGCUACGACCCGAAAAUCGACGAAUGGAGGCUUGUGGGUAGUUUACCCGAGCCUAGAUUCAGCAUGGGACUAGUCUCAUACGAAGGUUUGAUUUACAUGGUGGGCGGUUGUUCUCUCAACCAACGCAAUCUUCAAGAUUUGAUGAGUUACAACCCAUUUUCGGGCGAGUGGAAAAAACUACCGUCAAUGUCAGUGGCUCGUUUUCAGAUGGGCGUGGCUGUUCUAGAUGAUUACCUUUAUGUAGUAGGGGGUACGAAUCGGCAACAAGUCUUGAAUUCUGUCGAACGUUAUUCGUUUAAGACGAAUAAGUGGAGUAUGGUUCCGCCCAUGUCGGUCGAAAGGAGUGGCCCAGCAGUGGCAGCAAUGGAUGGUCUUCUGUACGUAAUAGGUGGAGCUCAGACACACGCCACGCCCUUCUACAGGGCCCAGUGUACUAUAUCGUCAGUCGAAUGUUUUAAUCCUAUUACAAAUUCAUGGUCGGAAUGUCCACCCUUAUCGGAAACAAGGGCCGAGGCUGGUGCUGUAGUCAUAUGAUCUCAGUUUUUGAUGUAAUGACGGGUGAUACAACAUAACGAAGUAGUUAUAAACAUUUAUUUAUUGUCUGUUUUAAUUAUUAAAGAUUUUUAUUUUUGUCUGUAGAAACUUAGACCAAAGUAUAACCAAAUAUGCAUUUGUGGCUUUUUCACAUUUUAUUUAUACAUAUAUAAUAUUAGAAUAUACAUAUUUGCAAUAUGAAACAUUAUGUUAUGUGGUAGGAAUCUCGCGCAUUAGUUAUUUGUAUUACAAGGGAGGAAAGUGUAUCUUUACUUCUCGUAGUCUCGGRCAGUAAGCACCCAGAGAGGAAAUGACACUUUCCUCCCGUCUAAUACAUAUAAUUUUUUCUACGACUCAACAAGUAACUAUUUCUCUGGGGGAGAUUUUUACCUCCCCGAGGGGUUACAUAUAUUUUUAUGUAAUUUUGACAUAUGAGGAAGGUAAAAAUUUUACCUGGAAGGUAAUGGGCUACUUUUCUUUCUGACAUCAGGGUGGAAAAACUUACUUUCUGUUAGGGUCGUAGAAAUAAAUUUUAAACUCAGCGGUUGGAAUAUUUUUGGGGCGAAAUUAAGAAUUUCAAAUAGAAUCUCAUAUUUUUUUUAUUGAUAGAGAUACCGCUUUGCUUUCGAUUUAUGUCAUAAUUAUGCAUUGCCGUUGACCAAUCUCUACAUAAAAAAUAAAGCGAUUAAUACAAA